CAGACAUGUGUACAGAAACUCUGAUGGACUUUGUAUAACAGUCUGAACUCGGGACCUGGACUCAAGCAACCGCUCCGGCCCACGAUGUUCAAUCCAGAGCGAGAUGUGGAGCGUCCACGCCGCCGCCGCCACCGGCCGUCGUGUCUUCAGGACAUUGAGGGCCUUGCCCAGCUGGAGAUCCUGUGUAAGCAGCUGUACGAGACGACCGACACCACCGUCCGACACCAGGCAGAGAAAGCUCUGGUGGAGUUCACCAACAGUCCAGACUGUCUGAGCAAGUGUCAGCUGCUGCUGGAGAGAGGCAGCUCGUCGUACUCUCAGUUACUUGCUGCCACAUGUUUGUCCAAACUGGUUUCUCGGACCAGUAACCCUCUGCCUCUGGAGCAACGCAUCGACAUCCGGAACUAUGUUCUGAACUAUCUGGCCACGCGGCCGAAGCUCGCGGCCUUCGUGACGCAGGCGCUGAUCCAGCUCUACGCCCGGAUCACCAAGCUCGGCUGGUUCGACUGCCAGAAAGACGACUACGUGUUCAGGAACGUCAUCGCCGACGUGACACGCUUCCUCCAGGACAGUGUUGAACACUGCAUCAUUGGAGUGACCAUCCUGUCGCAGCUCACCAAUGAGAUCAAUCAGGCCGACACCACACAUCCUCUGACUAAACACAGGAAGAUCGCGUCGUCGUUCAGAGACUCCUCGCUCUUUGACAUCUUCACACUGUCCUGCAACCUCCUCAAACAGGCUUCGGGGAAGAACCUGAACCUGAACGACGAAUCUCAGCACGGUCUGCUGAUGCAGCUGCUCAAGCUCAGCUACAACUGCCUCAACUACGACUUCAUAGGAACUUCCACAGACGAGUCGUCGGACGACCUCUGCACUGUACAGAUCCCCACGUCGUGGAGAUCAGCAUUUCUUGAUUCCUCCACCCUGCAGCUCUUUUUCAAUUUAUAUCAUUCCAUCCCUCCGUCCCUCUCUCCUCUGGUGAGUGACGAGUGCAAAUCUGUGUUGUCAUGUCUAGUUCAGAUCGCCUCCGUCAGGAGAUCUCUCUUCAACAACGCAGAGCGAGCAAAGUUCCUUUCACACUUGGUGGAUGGAGUGAAGAGGAUACUAGCAAACCCUCAGUGUUUGCCGGAUCCUAACAACUACCACGAGUUCUGUCGUCUGCUGGCGAGGCUGAAGAGCAACUACCAGCUGGGGGAGCUGGUCAAAGUAGAGAACUACCCUGAAGUGAUCCGGCUCAUAGCAAACUUCACCGUCACCAGUCUGCAGCACUGGGAGUUUGCCCCCAACAGCGUCCACUACCUGCUGAGUCUGUGGCAGCGUCUGGCGGCGUCGGUCCCGUACGUCAAGGCCACUGAGCCUCAUCUGCUGGAGACGUAUACACCGGAGGUCACCAAGGCCUACAUCACCUCGCGGCUGGAGUCGGUCCACGUCAUCCUCCGAGACGGGCUGGAGGAUCCCCUGGACGACGCCGGCCUCGUCCAACAGCAGUUGGACCAGUUGUCCACCAUCGGCAGGUGCGAGUACGAGAAGACGUGCGCUCUGCUCGUGCAGCUGUUCGACCAGGCGGCGCAGAGCUACCAGGAGCUGCUGCAGUCCACCAACUCCAGCGCCGCCGACAUCACGGUGCAGGAAGGUCGGUUGACAUGGUUGGUUUAUAUAAUCGGGGCGGUGAUUGGCGGACGGGUGUCGUUUGCGAGUACGGACGAGCAGGACGCCAUGGACGGGGAGUUAGUCUGUCGGGUGCUGCAGCUGAUGAAUCUGACCGACUCGCGUCUUGCUCAGGCCGGGAACGAGAGGCUGGAACUCGCCAUGCUCAGCUUCUUCGAGCAGUUCAGGAAGAUCUACAUCGGUGACCAGGUGCAGAAGUCAUCCAAGCUUUAUCGACGACUGUCAGAAGUUCUGGGUCUGAACGACGAGACGAUGGUUCUCAGCGUCUUCAUCGGGAAAAUCAUCACAAACUUGAAAUACUGGGGCCAGUGUGAACCAAUCACGUCCAAGACGCUGCAGCUGCUCAACGACCUCUCACUGGGGUACAGCAGCGUGAGGAAGCUGGUGAAGCUCAGCGCCGUUCAGUUCAUGUUGAACAACCACACGAGUGAACACUUCUCCUUCCUGGGAGUCAACAACCAGUCGAACCUCAGCGACAUGAGGUGUCGGACGACCUUCUACACGGCGCUGGGGCGCCUGCUAAUGGUCGACCUGGGUAACUACACACAACACGUGGACUCACCUUUGACCUCGGCAGUAGGUGAGGACGAGGACCAGUUCGAACAGUUCAUGUUGCCGUUGACGGCUGCGUUUGAAGCUGUGGCUCAGAUGUUGAGUACAAACACCUUCAAUGAGCAGGAAGCCAAGAGAACGUUAGUGGGAUUGGUCCGAGAUCUACGAGGCAUCGCGUUCGCCUUCAACGCCAAGACGAGCUUCAUGAUGCUGUUUGACUGGAUAUAUCCGGCCUACAUGCCCAUUCUGCAGCGCGCCAUCGAGCUGUGGUACCACGACCCAGCAUGCACCACUCCUGUCCUCAAGCUAAUGGCCGAGCUCGUUCACAACAGAUCCCAGCGGCUACAGUUCGACGUGUCGUCGCCGAACGGCAUCCUGCUCUUUAGAGAGACCAGCAAGAUGAUCACCACCUACGGGAAUCGCAUCCUGACGCUGGGCGAGGUGCCGAAGGACCAGGUGUACGGCGUGAAGCUGAAGGGCGUCAGCGUUUGCUUCGCCAUGCUGAAGGCCGUGCUCAGCGGCAACUAUGUCAACUUCGGCGUCUUCCGUCUCUACGGCGACGACGCGCUGGACAACGCCCUGCAGACCUUCAUCAAACUGCUGCUGUCCAUCCCCCACAGCGACCUGCUGGACUACCCUAAGCUCAGCCAGUCGUUCUACUCGCUGCUCGAGGUUCUGACGCAGGAUCACAUGAACUUCAUCGCCAGCCUGGAGCCGCACGUGGUCAUGUACAUCCUGUCGUCCAUAUCAGAAGGACUGACGGCUCUCGAUACGAUGGUGUGCACGGGCUGCUGCUCCAGUCUGGACCACAUCGUCACCUACCUGUUCAAACAGCUGUCGCGCUCCACAAAGAAGCGUCCGGCUCCGAUGGCGUCGGACGACCGCUUCCUGCACAUCAUGCAGCAGCACCCAGAGAUGAUCCAGCAGAUGUUGUCCACGGUGUUGAACAUCAUCAUCUUCGAGGACUGUCGGAACCAGUGGUCCAUGUCACGACCUCUGUUAGGUCUCAUCCUGCUCAACGAGAAGUAUUUCGCGGACCUGAGGAACAGCAUCGUGAACAGUCAGCCUCCGGAGAAACAGCAGGCGAUGCACUUGUGUUUCGAGAACCUGAUGGAAGGAAUCGAGAGAAAUCUACUCACCAAGAACCGGGACAGGUUCACUCAGAACCUGUCCGUGUUCCGGAGGGAAGUGAACGACAGCAUGAAGAACUCGACGUACGGCGUCAAUAGCAACGACAUGAUGAGCUGACAUUCCACACGGAGUCUCACCGCGCUGCAGACGGAGCUCCGCCCCCUCCUCCUCGCCCCGCCCCUCUCUGCAUCAGCCUCCCCCGCCCCCGGGCCCGGAUGCCCUGGGAUCAUAUCCUCACUCGGAUACACGACGUACCCUCCCUCUCCCCUUCUUCCUUUUUGAUAUAAGCAUAUAUAAAUAUAUACAGAUCUAUUUUAAAGCCAGUCUGCGUCGGUCUGACUGGUGAGGCUGUUCUAACAGAGGAGGGGGUCGCAGGUCGCAGCGCCACUCAGAGGAGGGAGGGGGAGGGAGGAAGGGAGGUGCUGCGGGGCUGAGGGCGGGGAGAGGCGGGGGAGGGAGGGGCGGGGAGGAGGAAUGACGGUAACCGUAAUAAUCCGCUUCUGCCUGCCUUGUAUAGAAAAACACAAAAUCCAGUGUACAUUUUUUUUCGUAACAUUUUGAACAAUGUUUAUAACGAUCGAAUUUAAAAACACAAAGAUGAAAGUUGAGGAAAAACAAACACAAAAAAAGACAAAAAAUCGUGUGAUUGAGCUUUUUACAGUGCAGUGAGUUAGUGCAAGUGUCUGUCUGGAGUGGGGGCGGGGCCACGGAGCGGGGGCGGGGAGGACCAGGGUGGGCGGGGCCACGGGGAGGAGGACCAGGGUGGGCGGGGCCACAGCAGCUCUCACUAACACAAAAAGAGCGUCAGGGUCACGUUGUACAUUUCCCUCCGUCGUCUGGUUCAAGUGAUGUAAAUAAUCACGUGACCUUGCGGCAGCGACGGGAUUUAAAGGGACAGUUCUGUUAUUUAUGGACCGACGUCGUCGUCUCGUGAUCGUGUCACGUCGGACUCUAUAAUUCCAGCCUCUUCUAACCUGUCGGAUAAUAAUAAUAUUGAUGAUGAUGAAGAUUAUACAGAUAAAGAUUUACAAAUAUAAAAUAAAAUAAAACACUAAUAAAGACCAGGUCACUUGAAUCAUUUCAAACAAGAGCUAAUCGAUCUCAAGAAAAUAAACUGUUUUGAUUAUCGAUUAAUCGUUUCUGUAACUUGACUUUUUUUCAAAAUCUUCAAAGUAAAUCAAAGUCUUUUCACUUUUCGAUUGUUUCUGAUGUUCCAGUAGAAACCAGAUCUGAAUCUGUUCAGUUCACUGAGAUAAAGAAAGAAAACACAAGUUCCAGCUUCUCUCAGGUUUUGGCUAAAAUCUUAAUAAGAUUAGUUUGAGGUGAUUAUUUUUUGUCGAUUGAUCAUUUUUCAGCUCAAACAUUUUUGGCGUUUUGGAGUAAAGUGAAACAUUUGAGUUCUAAAGAAUUUUUAUUGGCAAAACAAUCCAUCAGCUGAUUGAACGAUGAGAGACAAUGUUUUGUUUCAUCUCUACGGACGUCAACAACUCAAACAGUAAAUAUCAAACUCAAAAUAUUAAGAUUCAUUGAUGAUAAAUAGAUUUAUAUGAUUUUGCUACGGUUUGAAAUGAUUCAUGUGAAAACGUUCGGAGUCUUUGUGUCGGAGAGAAAAUGUUUUGUUGGAGUCACGUUUUCUUACUUGAGGCAACGAAAAACACCACGAUUUCCUUUGGUAACAUCCUGUUCCGGCCCCGUGGCGAGAACCCGGCGGUCCGGACGUCUCCCGCUCACUCUCUCGUUUCCCUGAGACGGUCGACGUGUGAGUCUCACACUGACGCCUCCAUGUUCCCUCCGGUCGGCCGUUGCAGGUUCCACCAUUUUGUUUACACCCUGGAUUCCUCGGACCAGGUUUUAAGGACGACCCCCCCCCCCCUUAGGUCCUGCAUUUGUGUGUGUGUGUGUGUGUGUGUGUGUGUGUGUGUGUGUGUGUGUGUGUGUGUGUGUGUGUGUGUGUGUGUGUGUGUGUGUGUGUGUGUGUGUGUGUGUGUGUGUGUGUGUGUGUGUGUGUGUGUGUGUGUGUGUGUGUGUGUGUGUGUGUCGUGGUGCUGGAGCUCGAACAGCCGAGGUCUUCUGUCACCGCAUUGGACAAAAAUCUCCACGUCGUCAUCGACGACGCGUCCGAGCCGCCUGAAGGAAUCUGGUUGAUCUGGUUUAGUUGUGAAUCUGAAGAAUGUUGCGUUGAGUCCGAACAGUGUACAACGAGCGGCGGGACGAGUCGACGAGCGGCGCGUUCGUCUCCAUGUUGCUGCUAAACUGUGGUGGCGAGUUCGUCCGUCUGGUUGGUGUCGGCUCACGGAGCAGCAGCUGUUUGACUCGUCUGCUACGUGUAGUGUCGACAUUGUGACUGCAAAUAAACCUCAUUGAUUUUUAA